UCCCAGUUUAUCCCAGUUUGUCCCGGUCCCUCCCGUUCCCGCCCUGGCCCCGCCCCUUCCCGCGGUGACGUCAUCGCGCGCGAGCGCGGCCGGAAGCGGCUCCGGGGGCGGCGGGUGUGGCCAUGGAGGGGCUGCGGGGCCGGCUGAUCCCUCACCUGUCCGAGGAGGAGGAGGAGCAGCCAGGUGAGGAAGGAACAGGUGAAGAAGCAGGCAAGGAGGAAGACCCAGGUGAUGGUGAAGACCCAGGUGAUGAUGAAGAUCUAGGUGAUGAAGACCAAGGUGAUGGUGAAGACCCAAGUGAUGAAGACGCAGGUGAGGAGGACCCAGAUGAUGAAGACGCAGGUGAUGAUGAAGACCUAGGUGAUGAAGCUGCAGGUGAUGAUGAAGACCUAGGUGAUGAAGAUGCAGGUGAGGAGGACCCAGGUGAUGAAGACGCAGGUGAGGAGGGCCCAAGUGAUGAUGAAGAUCCAGGUGAGGAGGAUCCAGGUGAUGGUGAAGAUCCAGGUGAGGAGGAUCCAGGUGAUGAUGAAGAUCCAGGUGAGGAGGAUCCAGGUGAUGAUGAAGACCCAGGUGAUGAAGACGCAGGUGAGGAGGAUCCAGGUGAUGGUGAAGAUCCAGGUGAUGAAGACGCAGGUGAUGAUGAAGAUCAAGAUGAUGAAGACGCAGGUGAGGGCCCAGCCACCACCGCCUCGGGCCCCGAGCCAGGUGCGCCCGUCCAGGUGCGCCGCUCCCCGGCCGACCCCUCCCAGCGGCGCCGGCCCCGCCCUCACCUGCGCCCACGGGUGCCCCCAGGUGCGCCCGCCUCACCUGAGCCGGGCGCCUUCGUGCAGCUCAUCGACGAGCGCGGCGUCUACUCCACCGCCAAGCUGGUGCUGGGCGGGCGCUCAGGUGAGGAGGACGAGGAACGGCGCCAAGGCGCACCUGGGCAGGAGGAGGAGGAGGAGGAGGAGGAGGAGGAGGAGGGCCCGUCUCACCUGGAGAUCCGCCAGGUGAUCGUGGCCGAGAAGCCCUUCCAGUGCCCCGUGUGCCACAAGGGCUUCAAGCGCACCUGGGAGCUGCUGAGCCACCAGGUGGUGCACACGGAGGCGCGGCCCUUCGCCUGCCAGGUGUGCCGCGCCACCUUCAAGCGCCACUCGGACUUCAAGAGCCACGGGCUGGUGCACAGCGAGGAGCGGCCGCACGGCUGCGAGCUCUGCGGCAAGCGCUUCAAGCGCUCCUCCAACCUGCAGGAGCACCGCCGCAUCCACAGCGGCGAGCGCCCCUUCGCCUGCGCCGGCUGCGCCAAAGCCUUCAAGACGCCCUACGAGCGGCGCCGCCACGCCCUGACCCACCUGGCGGCCGAGGAGCCCUUCAGGUGCGGCGAGUGCGGCAAGGACUUCCCGGCGGCGGCGGCGCUGCUGCUGCACCGGCGGCGCGGCUGCCGGGAGGAGCGGCACGCCUGCGGCGUCUGCGGGAAGCGCUUCGCCUACGGCCACUCGCUGAAGGUGCACGAGCGCGUGCACACGGGCGACCGCCCCUUCCGCUGCGCGCUCUGCGGCAAGGCCUUCAAGCAGAGCAACGCGCUGGCCUCGCACGAGCGCGUGCACACGGGCGAGCGGCCCUUCGCCUGCCGCACCUGCGGCAAGGCCUUCAAGCAGUCCUCCUACCUGGCCGUCCACCGGCGGGCGCACACGGGCGAGCGGCCCUACGGCUGCGAGGCGUGCGGCAAGGCGUUCGCCCGGCCCUCGCUGCUGCUGCAGCACCGCCGCGUGCACAGCGCGGCGCGGCCGCACCGCUGCGCCCACUGCCACAAGCUCUUCAAGGACCUGGCCUACCUGGCCGUGCACGAGAAGGUGCACACGGGCGAGACGCCCUACAAGUGCGGCGUGUGCGCCAAGGGCUUCGCGCACCCCUCCAACCUGCUGCAGCACCAGCGCGUGCACCGACGUGCGGCCAUGGCGGGCGCGGCGCCCCCCGCGGGCGCCCCCGAGCAUCCCUUCACCUGCCGGGAGUGCGGCAAGUCGUUCCGCUGGUCCUCGCGCCUGGCGCAUCACCUGCGCAGCCACACGGGCGAGCGGCCCUACAGGUGCCCCGAGUGCCCCAAGGCCUUCAAGGGCUCCUCCGCCCUCCUCUACCACCUGCGGGGCCACACGGGCGAGCGGCCCCACGCCUGCGGCACCUGCGGCAAGGCCUUCAAGCGCUCCUCGCUGCUGCGGGCUCACCUGCGCGUGCACACCGGGCUGCGCGCCUUCAGGUGCGCCCAGUGCGGCCUCGCCUUCAAGUGGGCGUCGCAUUACCAGUACCACCUGCGGCAGCACUCGGGCGAGCGGCCCUACCGCUGCCCCGCCUGCCCCAAGGCCUUCCCGAACUCGUCCAGCCUGCGGCGGCACCGCCGCACGCACACGGGCGAGCGC